AUGUCAGCCAUGGAUAUCGUUUCCACGGUGACCAUCCUCAUCAACCUUGGAAUGGAAAUCAAGUCUCGACUGGACUCUCUCAACCAAGCCGCUGAAGAGCUUCAGCUGCUGACCACCAAUCUGUCUUUCUUGUUGAACGUGUUUAAGGACCCUGUGAACGAGGACAUCAUCCAGGGCCAAUGCGCGUUGGAUAUCGAACUUGCUGGAGCGUCAAUUGCGACCAAGACCGAGUCGGGUGGGAAGAAGUUUUUCAAGCGAAUAUGGGCUUUCAACAAGAUUCCCGACCUUCUCGCGGACAUUCAACGCAAGGCCGACCAACUCCAACGGGCGUACAGCGCGGUGUCUAUCGUAUUUCUCCAGCACAUCAAGGUGCAACAAGGACGGACGAGUGGGAAGGAAACUGUUGAAUCAUCCACCGUCUUCAAGGCAUGUUACGGGGGCCAGUACAUCAUUACGGCAGGUGUGGGUUCGAAUGCUAUUGUCUUUUCCACCAGGCCGGUCAAGGAUUCCUUCAGCAAGAUGCUACGCGACGACGACAACCCCUCAAGUUCUAUCAUACCGGAAUUUGAAUGCACGCUUUUGGGGCCGUCGACGGCAUUCUCCCACCCACCGAAAGUUGGAGAAAAGGUUCAGGUCGAGUACGACGGACUUUGGUACGAUUCGAGAGUCACGGUAGUGGACGGCGAUGAGAUCGAGUUUGACAAUCCUGGAUCGGAUGACGAAUAUGGGAGUGACGGCUUUUUCUUUCCUGAGGAGCAGUUGACGGAACUCGGAAAGGGCAUGCGGCGGCUGUGGCGACCAUGGCGGAGAAACAUGCAAAGGUACGACGUGCGACCUUAUCGUUGCUUCCAUAUCGGCGACACUGUCGAGGCACCCGUCAUGUACCCGGACUUCCGAUACCAUUACCAUGUUACCGACAACUCGGAACUGUACCUUCCUGCUCGGAUUGUCGACGUCCAAAGCGACCAGUAUGUGAUCGAAUUCAGCCCGGCGCUUUCGGUUCACAGUUGGUGGCCAGGGAGGAUACCCAAAGGUGAACAAAUAGACCUGGUGCCAGGAUCAGGCAUCAAGGUAGAGAAUCCGUUCGACUUUAACCGCGUGACGGUAGGCAUGGAUCGGGUACGUCCUUUCUCUCCGGGGCCACGUCCGGUUCUGGGCAUUCAGUCAGCGAAGCCGGCUGGGUGGAGUUCAUUUCAGGGCGUUCGUCUCUGCAAUCUCGAGGAUCUUUUGGAGCGGAGUCUUUGGGACAACUUGUAG